AACCCAUCGCCACGCCCCCAUCUCUAACCGGAACCAUGGUUGCCGUGAUGCAUACAUGUGGCAACAUGGCAUCCGCGAUGCAUGUAAACAUGAAGGAAAUCAAGGAUAACUUAGAAAACUGGGAACACCCGUCUGAACCUCUGGCACCCAUCACCGAAAAACAAGCUGAAGGCAUAUCUCAGCUUAUGGCCCAUGUUACAGAGCGUCCUAUGCCCGUUGGUAUGCCACCGAAGUUGUCAGUGACGCCAGACCACAAACGCAAAGCAAUGCCACUUGUUCCAGAGCUGUCUGAGCUUCCGGAAUGCUUGCAAAAUGUUCUGAAAGGAGACGUAGUGAUCACAAAUGCACAACAGUUCCUGACGUGGUUCUCGGAGGUGGAAGAAAAAAUGAUGGAGGAGAGUGACUGGGAAUACACGAACUACAUCGACGUGGUGGCAUCGUACCAGGAAAAAUGUUGCGAACUGCUACGUGAGAUUGAUGCGUCGAUGGCGCAACUAAGGUUGCUGCAAGAGGAGUAUGAGUUUGUGUCCAACAAGACAAAUGCACUUCAUGAAGCCUGCGAGCACCUACUGGAUGAACAGUCAAAACUGAUGAACGCUGUUGAAACCAUUGCCGAAAAACUGCGGUACUUUACCGAAUUGGACUCAUUAUCUCAAAAAAUGGCAUCCCCGGAUAUUUCCGUCCUGAGUGAAACUUUCAUACCUAUGUUGACGAGACUGGAUGAGUGUAUCGGCUAUCUCGAAUCAAAUCCACAAUACAAAGAGGCAGGAACCUACUUGGUCAAGUUCAAGCACAUGCAGUGGCAAGCACUGGAGAUGAUUCGUUCGUAUGUGACAAGCACUCUGGAGCACACGACACAUCAAGUCUUGUCCCGCAAGGACCCGCUGUGCUCUACCGACAAUUCUUUUGCUCUCCUGUAUGGCAAGUUUAGGACUCACGCACCAAGAAUUCACUCUCUGGUAGGCCAGAUUGAAGAACGCGUGGAACGAAAUGCUGAGUAUCGAGAGCUGCUGGAUGCUUGCCAUACCUGCUAUUUUGGGCAGCGAGAGACCUUGCUCGGGCCUAGCGUGUCGACAGCCAUGAAAGAGCUUGCAGCUGCUCACCAGCGCGACCACUGUGCUCUAGUGAGAAGCGGGUGUGCCUUCUUGGUGCACCUUUGUGAGGACGAGCACCAGUUGUACAUGCAGUUCUUCACCAAGGCCUCUUCUCUCUUGGAUGACUUUCUGAGUCACCUCUGCGAGAGAUUGUAUGAUGUUUUUCGUCCAAUCAUCAUCCACAUAAAUCACCUGGAAACACUUGCAGAGCUCUGCAGUAUAUUGAAGGUUGAAAUGAUGGAGCAACACGUCGCUGCAAACCCGAACGAGCUGCGGGCGUUUUGCAAGAUCGCCCAGCAAAUGCUUGAAGAUGUACAGGAACGGUUGGUCUACCGGACAUUAGUCUACAUUCGCACGGAUAUCUUGGGCUACAACCCCGCUCCCGGCGAUUUGGCAUACCCGGAAAAGCUUGAGAUGAUGGAGAGCAUUGCAGAGAGUCUUACGCAGAACUCUUUGAGCCGGUCGAGUUCUCGGGGCUCCCUGGUGUCCAUCGGUUCAUCCGCCUCUGGAAGCUUGCCCCAUCUGCAAAGCAGCACCAACUCUGGCGAAAGGCCAAACGAGGUGGCCGUGCUCCAAGUGUCGUCAGCCCAACACAUCACCGAAACCAGUGGUUGCAGCACCACAAUGCACACAACCAUUUCAGCGCAGAACUCGGAUGCUGUGCCUUCCACGAGGCACAAAGGAUAUUCCCCUGCUGACCUGCAUGGAAUGUGGUACCCUACUGUUCGAAGGACGCUGGUGUGCCUUUCGAAGCUCUACCGCUGUGUUGAUAAAACCAUAUUCCAAGGGCUCAGCCAGGAAGUGCUUGCAGCAUGCAUCCAUUCCUUGUCCACUGCUGGGAAAGAAAUCUCAAAGAACAAGGCCACUUUAGAUGGAGAACUGUUCCAAAUAAAGCACUUGCUCAUCCUUCGAGAACAAAUUGCACCUUUUCAAAUAGACUUUGCCAUCAAGGAAACGUCCCUGGACUUCACAAGGAUUCGAGAUGCUGCACUUAGCCUGUACAGCAAAAAGUCUAGGCUCUUUUCGCUGGGAACAAAUAAUGCCUUGUUACAGUUUGUCCUUGAGGGAACGUUGUCUAUGAAGGAGAACCUGAUUGAUUCCAAGAAAGCAGUUGACAACCAGUUGAAAGCUCUUUGUGAGGAGUUUAUUGCCAACUCGGCUCGAAUGCUUGUUGGACCACUUCAAGAAUUCUUGGACAAGGCAAAUCUGAUUUUGCAGGUGAAACAACAGGAGCCAACACGAACUGUGUCUCUGCGAAACCAGCCAUUUGCAGCUCCUGACUCAGUUGGCGCGGUGGCGAGCAGCGCGUACCGUCACCUGAAGAGCAGCCUAACUGCACUUGGCCGGAGCAUGGCUCUCUACCUUGCCAACAAGGACACUGAGCAGAUCCUGUUCAAGCCCAUCAAAACAAGAGUUCUGGUAGCUUAUGAGAACUUCAACCAGAUAGUGAAAUCAAGUUACUCGGAAGAGGACCAACAAAUCAUCGCCUGUCCAUCUGUUGAACAAAUUAACGUUGUGUUAACAGCAUUCCAGACAAAGUGAAAUGAUUUUUGCAAGAAGCUGGCAUGAAGCUCUAGAAGCAUGGCUUUAUAUUGAAAGAUGCAAGUAUCAGUGCCACUCAGAGUGGCCAGCUGAUGUCAUCGAAGCAGGGCACUCUGUGAAUGCCCUCGUGCGCCUUCUCUUCCAGCAAUUGUGUUUUGUGUACACCUCAGGUGUCGGUGUGAAUGCUUCGAAUGUGUACAUAUGUGUAAAAAUGCUAAGUUAUUUGGAGAAGCAGUGGUAUGAAAGAGUGUGUGCUGUUUUUCUACAUUUUAUAGUGAGAGAGGAUUGUUAUUCUUUGAGGAAAGUAUUAAAGGGUUGUAAAGAAGCCUGUUA